UUCUUCCAUCCUCUCCCCUUUUGAACGGUCCUUUUUCCUCCUAGUUUUCACUCAAGAUGUACCCUUUUCAUCUUUUCGUUUUAUUCUUUUCCCCUCUUCUUCUUCUUCUUGAAGCAUCGCUCUCUAUCAGAGAUGCUGUUAGCAGAAUGGAAGAGCGAUAUACUGUUAAUUCUACUUCUUUGCUCCAGUGGUUCAGAUCUUGCAGGUUCAUAUGUUGGAAUCAACAUUGGAACUCAGACGUCCAACUUGCCACCGGCAGCUGACAUUGUCUCCAUCUUGAGAACUCAGCAGAUAAAGCAUGUACGUCUGUUUGAUGCUGAUCACCGGAUGCUCCAUGCCUUAGCGAACACCGGAAUAGAAGUCGUAGUCGGCGUUCCUAACGACCAGGUGCUGCAGAUAGGAAAUUCUCAAUCACAAGCAGCUGAUUGGAUCAACAAAAAUGUUGCUCCUUUUGUCCCGGCAACUAGAAUCGCUUACAUUGCUGUCGGCGAUGAGAUCUUGACGACGUUUUCAAAUGCCAAUGCCACACAAGUACUCGUCCCCGCAAUGCAGUUCCUCCAUUCUGCACUUUUGGCCGCGAAUCUUAACUUUCAGGUUAAGAUCUCCAGCCCUCAGUCCAUGGACAUGAUCCCCAAACACUUUCCCCCAUCAACAGCUACUUUCAAUUCAUCAUGGAACUCUGUGAUGGAGCAGUUGCUUCGGUUCUUAAAGACCACCGGAGCUUCCUUCAUGCUAAAUGCGCAGCCGUAUUACGGUUAUACUGAAGGAGAAGGUGUUUUCCCCUUGGAGUAUGCUCUUUUCCAGCCACUGAAACAAAGCAGUCAGAUGGUCGACCCUGAUACAGAUCUCCACUAUCUGAACAUGUUCGAUGCGAUGGUCGAUGCUGCUUAUUACUCGAUGCAAUCCCUCAACUUCUCUGGCAUUUCUGUGAUGGUUACAUCGUCUGGGUGGCCGUCUCUUGGAGGAGCCACUGAGCCAGAUGCUAACAUGGACAAUGCUUUGGCUUACAACAGCAUGCUUAUUGGGCGUGCGCUCAAUGGAUCGGGCACACCAAGUCGAUCAAACUCAUCUGUUAGCAUAUACUUGCAUGAAUUGUUCAGUGAGGACCUCCUACCGGGGCCUGUUUCUGCAAAAAACUGGGGGGUUUUUGCCUCCAAUGGGACUGCACUUUACCCUUUGAACUUUGGGCAUCUAGUGAAGUCUAGUUCAAAUUCAACAGGUUUGGUGGGAAUUUUUUGUGUGGCUAAUUCUCGUGCCAAUUCCGAUGAUCUGAAGAAAGGAUUGGAUUGGGCGUGCGGACCGGGUUCGGCAAACUGCACUGCUAUUCAACCGGGACAACCAUGUUACCAAGCCAACAAUCUUGAAGCCCUUGCUUCCUAUGCCUACAAUGAUUACUACCAUAGAACUCAGGCAAAUGGUGGUACCUGUAUCUUUGGUAACACAGCCAUGGUCACCACUACUGAUCCCAGCCAUGGCUCAUGUAUCUUUGCUGGAAGGUCAGGCUCAAGCUCCAGCUCCAACACAUCCGGUGGUUCAACGACCAGUUCAGCCUUCGGACCUGGCGAUGCCUUGAGUCAGGCUUCAAAAUUGCAGCUGGUUUGUCUCAAUAAGAACUUGCUCUAUCAGCAUCAGGCAAGGAGAAACAAACAGAUGGCUAUAUAGAAACAGAAACGUGCAGUUUUCUUAAACAAUCAUUUGGAGAAGCACUCUGAGCUCAGACAUCAAGCAGUGACAGGAACCUAAUGAAAAGUACGUCUCCGCUACCCUUCAACUAACCAUAAUAGACUCGACACCAAUCGAGAGAAGAUCUUGUAAUGCACCCUGUUCAAAUGUAAUUUUAUUUAGUCUA